UAAAGUAAGACUAGCUUGAUAUAGAUGAAGAAUCUAAUAAUAAUUGUGUUUAUUUCCACGGUUCUUCAAGCUGUUGUAAGCGAUGUUUCGAAUGACAAGUGUGGAGUUUGGAUGAAGAUGAAUACAAUGAAGAGAUGCUGCGACAUUCCAGAUUUAAUAGAAGAAGAUAAAGUUCGACAACUGUAUAAAAAUAAUAAUUUGACAUUAUGUGCGCUGCACGAAAAAAUGUCAGAAGUGCUCAACAUAAAAACCUUCGACAAAACUGCUUACAAAUCUUAUUUGAAGAAAGUCAUCAAUGAAUCCGAAUGGCAGUCAAUUUUUGACAAAAGUGUUGAUUCCUGUAUGGAUUUUGUUCCUAAAAUAUUGCCUUCAUUUGCUAAGACUUACAAUAUGGCUGAAGAAGGAUGUGGCUUGAAGUUGACUUUGAGCAUGUUUUGUUGGACAACGUUUGCUUUUUUGGAAUGUCCAGCAAAACACUUCACAGAUUCUAGUAAAUGUAAGGAAUCGAGAGAAAUCAUCAAGGAAUGUCAACAAAAUCCUGAUGAAAUAAUUAAAGUGUUUAAUUCAUGGAGCAAGCAGUAAACAAUUGAAAAUUUUAAUGAAAUUUGUAAAAAAC